GUCUAGAAGCCCCGAGAUAACAUUCACUAAUUCAUAAGAUUUUCUUGAGUUGAUUUUCUGAAUUUUUUGUUUGUUUCUGAACCACAAAAAAAUGAGGAACGUGAUCAGAUGAAUACCACACACGUACAAAACCCUCUCCUCCCACCCCUGCUCUGUAACGUAGAGCUCAGCUGCUCCUAACAUCACAGGUCGACACGCUGCCUCUGUCAUUUCAUCUCUGACCCCCUCAACUCCUCUCUCUCUCUCCCCUCUUUCUUUCCCCAGGCACCAGGAGUACCUUCUAGUUGCAGAACUGAUCAAUCAAUGAUGGGUGGCAUCAGAGGAGGUCCAGGGAAAAUGCAGAAGAUGAUAAUUGAGCUAUUGGUGCUAGUUGGAAUCAUUGGUUUGAGCCAUGGUGCCAUUCAGAGACCCGACUAUGAUGACACACCCAACCCGGAGUUCCUCAACCCGUCCUGGAUGGCCAGCAUCCCCGAUGAUCAGCCGCUGUCUGAGGUCACUAUGCCUGGGACCCACAACACCAUGGCUCUGUACGGUGGCGUGUAUGCAGAGUGCCAGACCUGGAACUUGGCCUCCCAGCUCCGAGCCGGCGUCCGCUUCCUAGACAUCCGUGUCCGUCACCUCGGGGGGAACCUCACCAUCCAUCACUCGGUGUCUUACCAGCGGGCGCACUUUGGCCACGUGCUGGAGGGUGUGGCUGACUUCCUCAGAGAGUAUCCCAGUGAGACGGUGCUGAUGCGAGUGAAGGAGGAGUUAAGUGAGACGUAUAACAUCUACGGUGCUGUGGUUGACUACAUCCAUCGCUACGCCAACUGGGACCUGCUGUGGCACAGCCGGCUCGUGCCGUCCAUGGGAGAGGCCCGAGGGAAACUCAUUGUUUUGCAGGACUUUUCUGGGCCAGACUUGGGGAUGCGCUAUGGUUCCCUGGACAAAGCAGAUCACUGGAAGGUACCCACACUUCUGCAUGUGAAGGAGAAAUGGAAGAGCGUCUAUGAGCACCUGGAGGUUGCACUUUCAGGGAACAGGUCCCAGAUUUUCCUCACCUACAGCAGUGGAGCCGGUUUGUUUGCGUACCCCAGAGCCGUCGCUCAGCGAGUCAAUCCACAACUGUACGACUACCUGAAUGCUAAGACGGACCUGAACCAGCGCCUUGGAAUUGUAUGCAUGGACUUCCCUGCUGCUCCUAUUAUUCAAAUGAUCAUUAACUUCCAACUGAGAGAGGCCAAAAAGAGCAGACAGGCUAUUAACAUAGUAUUUGGCAAGGCAAGUUUGAAAAAUGUAAUUUCUUCACUGAAAAAGAAGAUUUUAAUGGUUAUAUCUGAGCUAGUCAAGUACAAGGGAAGUGUAGACUGGUCAAUGACUGGCAAUCAAUGAAGUAUCAAUAUGGAUACCAAAUACUGCAGUUAUAGUGAUUCAAUAGCUGUAACCUUACUAUUUACUGUAACAGACAUGAUCCAAAUUGUACCUUCUCAUUGUGUCAUUCACCAAAGCUACUGGGGAAAAAUAAAUAAAUAAACUGGCUAAGUGCAUUAUAAUUGUAUAAAAGUU